AAGAAGUGAAACCGGAUGUUUACAGUCAUGACAGCCGCAAUAACAAAAUGAAGAUACAUCUUAACGGGUUUAUUCUCUAAUAUUAGAGUUUUAAUUGCAGCAGGAAACGAUGCAAGUUGAUUUAUAAUAUAAAUCAGUGUGUGCUGAGGAAAAUGAUCAGUCAAAUUUUCAUCUUAUCAUCAAAGGGAGAUCAUCUCAUAUAUAAAGACUUCCGGGGAGAUGCCAGUAAAGACUCCAUCAAUGUCUUCUAUGAAAUGGUCACAGCUCUGAGUGGUGAUCAGCCUCCGGUUGUCAUGACACACAAAGACCUUCAUUUCAUACAUGUAAGGCAGGGUGGACUUUACUGGGUGGCGUCCACCAAGACAAACCCAUCUCCCUUCACCAUAAUUGAGUUCCUUAACAGAUUAGCAGCUCUUACGAAGGACUACUGUGGCAGUUUGUCAGAGAAAUCUGUGCGAGUGAAUUUUGCCCUUAUAUACGAGCUGCUAGAUGAGAUGGUGGACUAUGGCUACAUACAGACAACCUCAACUGACAUACUGAAAAAUUUCAUUCAAACAGAGGCUGUAACAUCCAAACCCUUCAGUCUGUUUGACCUCAGUAAUGUUGGUCUUUUUGGAGCAGAGACACAACAGAGUAAAGUGGCUCCUAGUGCUGCAGCGAGUCGUCCUAUCAUGUCCAGUCGAGGAGAGCAAGGUGGAAAAAAUGAGAUCUUUGUGGAUGUGAUUGAGAGGCUGUCUGUGGUUAUUGGCUCCAAUGGAGUUAUAAUGAAAUCAGAUAUUCAGGGAGAGAUCACAAUAAAAUGCUUUCUCCCGAUCUGUUCCGAGAUGCGGAUUGGCUUGAAUGAGGAGCUCACUAUAGGAAAGUCCCAGCUAAAAGGUUACAGUUCAGCUGUGCGUGUAGAUGAAUGCAGAUUCCACCAGGCUGUUAAACUGGAUGAGUUCGAUAAUUUCAGAAUAUUAAAAGUUUGUCCCAGCCAAGGAGAGCAAACAGUGAUGCAGUAUCAGCUUUGUGAUGAGUUGCCUUGUGCACCACCCUUUCAGUUAUUCCCCUCUGUAGAGAAAGAUUAUGUGAACAGGGUGUUGAUCUUCCUUAAACUUCGAUGUGAUCUUCCACCUAAAAGUGCUGCCCUGAAUGUUUCCAUCACCGUGCCUGUGCCAAAAGGCUCCAUAAGUAUGUCUCAGGAGCUCAGUAGUCCUGACCAGACCGCUGAGCUGCAACCUAAGAACAAAGCCCUGCACUGGGAGAUCCCACGCUUCCCAGGGGGAGCGCAGCUCUCAGGACUGUUCAAGGUUGAUGUUCCAGGUCUAAGCUCCGCCUCUUUGCUGGAGGUUGGUCCUGUCAGUAUGUCCUUCGAACUGCCCAAACAAACAUGCACUGGCCUUCAGAUCCGCUUCCUCAGGCUCUCUCCAACCCAGACAGGACUGUCACAACGUUGGGUUCGAUAUGUCACUCAUUCUGAUUCCUACACCAUUCGGAUCUGACCUUAACAGAUGGGUCGAACAUGAAGAAACCGCUUUUUGCCACUCACCCAUCCUAAGAGGGAUUGUUUUAAGUGUUGAAAUGAAAUACAAACUAAUUGUCAGUUUUUGUUCCUUUCUUUUUGUGUUUUCAAUGUGAGAGAGGCUAAAAUAUGUUAGUCUAGUAUAAUUGUCAAAAGUGUUUACCAAAAAAAAAAAAAAAUCAUUUCUCUGUGAGACAUUGAUCAUUCCUGCCUUCAUGUGGCGAUUAAAUCUUAAAAACUGACUUCCAUUAAUUUAUGCUCAGACGCAUUUGCAUGGGAAGGGGGAAAAACAGCAAUUAUUAAUAGUUUGAAUAACUGUUAAUUUCAUAUUCAUAUUUUUAUUUAAGUCAGCCAGGCAUUGACAUUAAGUAUUUUCUUUUCUCCACAUUUUUCUACUUAUUAGGAGCCACUAGAUAUAUAUACAGGUGCAUCUCAAUAAAUUAGAAUGUCAUGGAAAAGUUCAUUUAUUUCAGUAAUUCAACUCAAAUUGUGAAACUCGUGUAUUAAAUAAAUUCAAUGCACACAGA